AAAUUGAUUUCAUCCGUGCGUAAAAAGAGUGGCAGAGGAAACAGAUAGCUUAGCCUUAGUCAGUAGUGAGCAGUGAGUUGACAGUUGACAAUGGAAGCAGCAUUGGCGGCCAUGGCUCUCUCACUCCAAGCUCCUCUUUUUUCCAUAGCUCUUCCUGUUCCUGCCGCUACCAACAAAGCCGUAGCAGUUCUCAAGGGCAACUCUUCCGUCCAAGGCCUUGUCACGUUAACCCAACAACAAAACGGCGCAACAACGGUUAAUGUUCGUGUUUCGGGUCUUACUCCUGGCCCUCAUGGUUUUCACCUCCAUGAGUACGGUGAUAUAACAAAUGGCUGCAUAUCAACUGGACCACAUUUCAAUCCUAAUAAACUCACACAUGGUGCUCCAAAGGAUGAAAUUCGCCAUGCGGGUGACCUGGGAAACAUAGUUGCUAAUGCUGAUGGAGUUGCAGAAGCAACAAUUGUCGACAAUCAGAUACCACUCAUUGGACCUAAUUCAGUAGUUGGAAGGGCCUUUGUUGUUCAUGAGCUUGAGGAUGACCUUGGAAAGGGCGGGCAGGAACUUAGUUUGAGCACUGGAAAUGCUGGUGGAAGAUUGGCAUGUGGUGUGGUUGGUUUGACUCCAGUGUAAAUGCAACAAAUGUUUUUGGAGCAGUUGUGUUUUAUCUGUUUUUUGCUUUCAUCAAUUUACCCAUGUAAGCUCUGAAACAUGACAUCCUUCUAAAGAUGAAUGCUAAAUGGAAUCGUGAAGGCUGAGGCACCAGAGAUUUAUCUCAAUAAAAUUAUACUUCUGAUGAAUUUCUUGUGAAUAAACCUAGUGUUAAAUGUUGGUACUUCAGUAUUUUCACCAUGUUUUUAUAGACUGAUGUUUACCGAGAGUGACACUAUAUUGCAUGUAUAGAAAAUGGCUUCUGUA